ACGAAACCCAUCCUCGGGAGGGAAGCGAGAUCCGACGGCUUGAAGGGCCCCCACCGGAAAGCGGAAGAUGGCGCCACCCCCGGCGGCGGCGACGGCGACCCGGUGGCGCGCGGCGGCGGCGCUCCUCGCGUUCUCCCUCCUCGCCGCCCGAUCGGCGGCCAUCUACUGCGACGAGGACGACUGCUACGAUCUCCUAGGGGUUUCGCAGAGCGCGAACUCUUCCGAGAUCAAGAGGGCGUACUACAGACUCUCCUUGAAACACCAUCCCGAUAAGAACCCGGAUCCGGAGUCGAAGAAGCUGUUCGUGAAGAUAGCCAAUGCCUACGAGAUUUUGAAAGAUGAAGCAACUCGCGAGCAAUAUGAUUAUGCUAUUGCGCAUCCAGAGGAGGUAUUCUACAAUGCAGCAAGAUAUUAUCAGGCAUAUUAUGGUCAUAAGACAGAUCCCCGUGCUGUGCUUGUUGGCCUCCUUCUUAUUCUUUCAGGAUUUCAAUAUUUUAACCAGUGUACAAGGUACAACCAGGCUGUAGCCAUGGUAAAAAAGACUCCAGCGUACAAAAACAGACUUCGAGCUUUGGAACUGGAACGUAGUGGAGGAGUGACAAAUAAGAAAAAGAAUCAGAAACAAAUGGACAAAAAAGUGGAGGAAGAACUUAGCAAAGAACUUGAAUUGGAAAUAAAGGGAACUGAGAAACCCUCUUUGUGGGACCUUGUUGGAGUGCGUUUCAUUCUCCUACCUUACACAUUUGUCAAGCUAUUAUUGUGGUAUGGAUGUUGGUUUUGGAGGUACAAGGUGAAACAGGCUCCAUAUUCUUGGGAAGAUGCUGCUUACCUCACACAGAGAGCACUUAGCGUUCCCAUUGAUGCCUGGAGCAAUAUAGAUGAAUUGACCAAAGAAGAUCUGAUCAAAAGACGUCUAUGGAACAAGUCGAACUUGGAUAGCUACUUCAUGGAGAUGAGGAAAGAGCACAAGCGCAGAAGAUAGUGGGAUUUUUUCAGUUCGCUUAUGAGAGAUGACACAGUUUAAAACAAGAUUGACAAAUAGAAACCCAGUUAAACCGCAGUUUUACCUUGAAAUCGCGGGAUCUGCCACGACAGGAUUCCGUUUUUCUUAUGACAAACUCCGUGAGUUAUUACAAUCCUUAAUGGGUAUCAUUCUUACAGUCUUUGAUGGAUAUUAGGAACAGAGAUAAUUUAUGGGUGUUGCGGGUUAUUUUGCUUGUAUAUGCCAUUUGAUGUUCAUCUGUAGCUUGAGUUAGCGGUUUGUAUGAGAAAGUUCAAGCAGCCUCAGUGUUUCUUGUGCUUGGCGAAGAAGGGAUUGAGAAUGUUGAAUGACGUAAUUCGUAUGUAAUAAUGCUAAUGCUAUAUGACGUA